AUGUUCAGCACCAUGGGGCCGCCAGCGCGGACCGCCGACAAAGAAGCUGGCCAACGCUCCUCAUCUCACGCCCGAUCGUCAAUUGCAGCCAGCGACCUGGACGAUGAUUUAACCAGCGAUCAGGCCAGCGCUGCCUCCUGGAAUGGGCUGAUUGGAACAAGUGCCAUCAAGCCCCAAGACACGACACUGCGUCGAACUGCCUCCGAGGCCCGACUUCGUGCCUUUACCCCCGUGCGCUCCCCCUACUCAGAGCAGGCUGACAACAUCAAACUCAAUCGACGCCGCCGAGCCAUCCGCCAUAAGCGUGCCGCCACAGCCGCCUUGGACAGCCGCUCCUCCCGCUCGGCCGGCUCCCAUUGCAGCUCUCAGCAUAGCCAAGGACAGGGUCAGGAGCCUACCAUCGUCCCCGGCUCGGCAGCGCAGGAUCCCGACCUACCACCCGACCUGCCGAGUCAGGAACAGCCCGAUGUUACCUUGACCAAUGCAGCUUCGCGAGGCGUCACCUUAUCGCCGCUUGCUCGAGCCCUUGCUCUGAGCUCUGGACCCAAUCUAACCCAAGUCCGUGUGACAGCUUCCCUCUCAUCGGAUGAUCUCGCCUCCACCCGCGCCUCUGACGAUGAUGAAGAUGAGGAUGACGAUGAAGAUGUCGAUGACAACAACAAAACGACUGAUGACUCUAGUAGUGACCAGGAUACCGACGAUGACCGUUCCGAGACGGCAGACGACAAGCUCCCUCGUAUUCAAACGCAGAGGCAACAGAGUCAUGGCCCCCAGGCUAGCGCUGCCACCCCACGACCCCACCUGCUGCCGUCUACCCCGUCUCAGCACAUGCUGGCUUUGGUGGCACAGCGCAGCAGUCAUCGCCUCUUGCAAAACGUACCACCCAUGCAACGCUCUUUCACGCACGACUACCUGGACCUGAGCCAGCUUGCCGGUUCCGAAUCAGACCCGCCUUCGCCCCAAGCACAGCGCCCGAGCACCCACGAAACUUACAAUCGCAAUGGCGACAAUGACACCCAUGCCAACCGAGAUCAAGAAGUCGACAGAUCCAGCGCUGGCACGGGUAGCCAGGCCACGCUGGCUUCCACCUCAAGCGAAGGGCACUCGCAAACCAACGCGCAAGAUUAUGCAAAAAGCAGAACUGCUUCGCAAACCAGCUUUGAUCGCGCGCCUCGUCUUUCACUCGUCGAUGCCGUUAAUGAGCGCCGAACCACCCGGGAUAACCUAGACGAAGCAGCGGAAAUGGACACCCUCGACAUGUCGAAGGAUCGCGAGGACGACUCGACUCGUCAAAAGCGUCCAGGCAUCAACAAAAUUUUGGCAAGCCGCAGCCCCAAUGGCACGCGGGGUGGCAGUGAUGCCGCUGCGGCAGGCGCAACCUCACCCCAGCCGCUCGCGGAAAGCCACGGCGCUGAGUUCGUGGAAGACCCCGUCUUGCAACCAAACAACGUCACGCCGCGCAGUCUGAGUACUACCACAACAGCGACAAACGAGCUAUCUUUUGAAAAUCGAUUUACGGUGCAAGCUGGCUCCACCGUGGCUCUGCUUGAAUACCUUAUUGACCCUGCAGCGGCUUUGCCAUGGGCCGUCUUCAAAGAUCAAGACCAUUUCGAAGAAGACGGCAUGCGGCAGAUCUUGGGCAACAUUGCCGUCGCGGCCGCCGCCUCAAGAUAUGUCUCUCAAGAGGCAGCGCGAAAAUUGCAGCAGACCAUUGAACGCAUGGCCGCACGCGAGCAGGCUGAACUCGCCCAAAGUGAUAUUGUAGUCGAUGAACCCAACGUGUCGCUUAUCAUGGUGUCAGCGGAGCAGCUCUCAGACCACAUGACCCUACAUAACGCAGCUCUGUUUGCGCGCGUUCAACCGAGCGAAUUGGUCACCGCCGUCUUGCUCAACCACAACUCGCCGUCCUUGCAGCGUCUGAUCCGUCGCUAUGAUCUUGAAUACUACUGGAUUGAAAGUGAAAUGCUGGCCUGCAAGGAUCCGCAACUUCAAACGCUGAUGCUGGACAAGUUUAUUGCUGCCGCGACCCAUUGUCGGCAGCAAAACAAUUUUUUCUCCGUUUUUACCAUCAUCAGCUGCCUCGAUACGGCGAAAAUGCACAAGCAUUGUCAACAGGCUUUUGAGAACAUAAGCAAAGAAUGUCGUCGAGCCUUCCAGCGCCUUGUACAAUUCACCUCGCCGGAUCGCAACAUGCGCGCGUACCGAAAUGCACUGAAAGCGCUCAGCAAAAAGCAACCGCGAGUGUAUUUUUUGCCUUUGUUCAUGAAGGACUUGCGUUUCCUUGCCGACGGCAAUGAGAAAAAAAUAGGAAGCCUCUAUAAUGUGGACCGGCUUCGUUCGCUGGCUGAGAGUGCGCGCGAAGUCACAAGCCUGGCGGCCUUACCAUUCAAACGGAUUGCGAUUAACGAGCCGCUAGCACGCCUGAUAUGUUACAAAGAAAAUAUCAUUGCAGAUGAGCUGGCUGGUCGGCUGGAUUCUGUCACGACAUCGACGCGUGACCAUGACAUGAGUUCGCAACUGGUCAAGCUUCAAAUGCAGAUUGAGGAACUCACAGCGGCCCUUGAAGCGCGAUCCAGCGAGGUCACUCGACUGAAAAUGGCAGCGGCGGAAGUGGCGAUGGGAGCCACGGUCGAUAACCCACCCUCUGAUAAGCAUUCAGGGCCAACUUCAUCUCGCCAGUCUGUCGGGCCCGGUUCUGUUCAUCUACCAGUCGAGCGGUUGGCCAAGGAAAACGAAGUUUUGUGGCGAAUGUUGACAGACUUGACGCCGCUGUCAAAAUCGGAUAUUGCCGAGGCUGUUCAAGCUGCACUCAAGAGCCCGAGCGCCUGCAAGCCCGCUCAGCGCUCCUCAUCAACCAAGCGUCCCUCGUCAAGAAACAGUUUGCCGCCACCCUACUCAUCCCCAAGCACGCAAGGGGAACCAACAGAGCCGGACGCAGCACCGAUGGAGUCUAAAAACCAUGACAACACGGAAAAGUCACAAGCAUGCGCGCUUGCCAAAGCAGCUGCACCAGAAAGCAGCAAUGAUUCGGCGACCAUCGCGAAGGAAGGCCCGAGCCGACCCAAUGACGACUUUUCCAUGGAGGGGAUCGAUGUCAUGGCACUCCUUCAGCCCGUGUGUGCCGACGACCCACUUCCCGAGCCCAACAUUCAAGCACCAGUCGCUCCCGCUGCCCCGGUGGUGGCGCCGGCAACCAAGCAGGCUCAACGUCGCGCUCUGCUUGGCGAUGUGGUGUUGGCGCGCGUGGAAAGUGCGGCCCGCGUUUUGGAAAAAGGCUGCCUGGAGCGGACUCCUGCAGCUGUUGACAUACCGGGUCCGGGGCAGGAGUCAGAGGUCGAUGAUGUGGUGCUCGAGCUACGUUUCCUGCCAGGUCGUGUGAGUGCCAGCCCCGAGCAUCGCGAACCGGAGCGGCGUUUGUCGAUUAGUACGAGCACCUACCUUGGAUCUGAUGCACCAAUGAGGCCACGCUCAGCAACGGCUCCGCACGGAGACGCCCGGCAUCGCUCCUCAACGGGGCACUGGACCGACCCGAGGACGGAUGUCGGUUUGCGUUCACCAACUUCGCCCUCUGGCUCGCGACCGCCCUCCCGUCAGCAAGCCAGGCCGUCCUCGCCCCGGCGCUCCAGCCUCACCUCAAGCCUGAGUGAAGUGCGCAGCCUGCUUUCGGAUCUCAGUGAGCGUCGCGUGGCUGACGUCUGA